UGUUCGUUGCAGCGAAUGAGGUUGGCUUAUUACGAAGAUCGUGGAGUCCGAUCGGGUUUCGAGUUUGAUGAUCGGAUAUAUGUUUUUGCUCUUAUUGCCUGUGUCAUUGCCCGUCUAGGAGUUUAGUGGAGGCCGCUACUUAUUUUUUGUAGCGUUUGGAAUGGUUAAUUAUCUAGAAGUUAAUCUGAAGAAGGUUUGGUUUUGAUUUUGUUCUUGAAAGGAUAAAGCUGUAAGGAGUCAUUAUUAUGGCCCGGUGUGCGGAUCGAUAGCUCUUAACAAUUUUUUGUUUGGUAAGGUCGUUCGUCCGCAAGACCGGGUCUUUCCAAUUCGUUGCUUGUGGAUAUCUGGUGAGAAGUAGAAUCUGACCAGACGUAGGGGUUUUAAUUAUUAAGAUGGAUACAAUGCAAGCUCCCCCACCUGGAAUUUUGCUUAUUAGAAGCCUUAGAGGCAAGGAAUGGAGCCUUAAUACAUACAGAUAUGUCGUUCUUCUUCUUACUUUUAUAGCAUAUGCUUGCUACCACGCUUCUAGAAAACCUACCAGUAUUGUUAAGAGUGUUUUGGAUCCAGAGCCUGUCACGGUUGGCCGUUCUUAUCCUUGGCCUCUUGGUGAGGUUUUCGUCAAGGAGAAAGGGUUGACAGGUAAAGGCUCUGGAUUAUCGGACAAAGGAUGGGCUCCCUUUAAUGGAGAUGAUGGGACUGUGAAAUUGGGUGAGAUUGAUGUUGCAUUUCUUGCUUGUUACUCUAUGGGGAUGUAUGUAGCGGGGCACCUUGGAGAUAGACUGGACUUACGUCUGUUCUUGACUAUUGGAAUGAUUGGGAGUGGAAUCUUUGUUGGGCUUUUUGGUAUGGGUUACUUUUGGGGUAUCCAUGUGUUCUGGUUUUAUCUGGUAAUGCAGAUGAUUGCUGGAUUGUUUCAGGCCACUGGGUGGCCUUCUGUUGUUGCUGUUAUUGGUAAUUGGUUUGGAAAGAGAAAGAGGGGUUUGAUAAUGGGUAUCUGGAAUGCUCAUACAUCUGUUGGGAAUAUCUGUGGGUCCUUACUUGCUGCUAGCGUCCUGCAGUAUGGCUGGGGCUGGUCAUUUAUUCUACCUGGUGCAUUGAUCAUUAUGGGAGGGAUAAUGGUUUACUUGUUCCUGGCUGCUUACCCUGAGGAUGUAGGAUUUCCUUCCGCUUUUGGGUUGCACUCACAUAGUAAGGUAGAGACAGGGUGUAAAGAUGAGGAAGCUCAGAUGCCAAAAGGACAUGUGGUUGAAGCUGAAACGAGUAGUCUCAGUCGAGGUGGAUCAAUGACUAGAAGCAAUGCCAUUGGGCUCAUUGAAGCUUUGUUCAUACCAGGAGUGAUACCAUUUGCAAUGUGUCUUUUCUUCUCAAAGCUUGUGGCAUACACAUUCCUAUAUUGGUUACCUUUCUAUCUGAGUCAGACGGAAAUUGGAGGGGAGUAUGUGUCAGUUAAGUCCGCUGGAAACCUUUCUACUCUUUUUGAUGUAGGGGGAAUAGUUGGUGGAGUCCUUGCUGGUUACAUGUCCGAUAAACUUAAUGCCCGGGCCAUUACGGCAGCUAGCUUCAUGUAUGCUGCAAUUCCUUCAAUGCUCCUAUAUCGCUCAUAUGGGGGUAUUUCCAAGUCCAUAAACAUUGUAUUGAUGAUGAUUGCCGGUUUAUUUGUGAAUGGGCCCUAUGCGCUGAUCACAACUGCAGUUUCUGCCGACCUUGGCACCCAUAGCUCUCUGAAGGGGGAUGCUCGAGCACUGGCAACCGUGACUGCCAUUAUUGAUGGCACUGGAUCGGUUGGUGCUGCACUUGGGCCACUUCUUACUGGUUUUAUUUCAAAAAAGGGAUGGAAUGCGGUUUUCUUAAUGCUUAUUAUCGGGGCUCUUAUUGCUGGUCUUCUUCUAUCACGAUUGGUCAUAGCAGAAUUUCAAGAAAAAACUGGCAAAUCCAAGGCUCAUUCUGAUGUUCCACAACAAGAAGGAAUUGAAGGUUCUGCAUCUCAACCUCUCUUGAGGGAUCAAAGAUGACAAUCAGGUACGGAGCCACAAACUCUUACUUUUUGGGAGUCAGAGACCGGGUGCAAAAGAAGUGUGAAACAUAUGUAUGAAAUAAUGUAUAUAAAUCAUUUCACAUUGACCCGGUUGUAUUGACUCUG